AUACAUGUGUUUCUGUGUCUGGGUUACUCCUGUCUCAAAGUCCAUUUCUCUCUUUACACAUAUCAUAUGGAAGCAAAGAUCCGAAAAGGGAUGAGAGAUUAUUCCACACUCUCUACGAUUUGCUUACAAUAUUAGGGAAAUAAAAUUAAAAGGAAAAAUAAAUAAACACCCAGUUCUUAAAUUUCAUCUUCUUUUUUAUCUUGGAAAAUCUCUUGAGUGGGGGAGAAAAAGAGUGAGUGAAAGAUGUUUUUGAUGGGGUUAAGCAUGCAGUCGUUGAUGGAUUUGAUGCUCGCUGGGAUUUCUCUGAUGAUUGGGUUGGGGAUUUUUGCUUUCAUUGCUUCAAUUCUUUGCUCUGCUGCUUUCUUGCACCAUGCUAAAUAUGUCGCUUGAUUUUAAUAUUUCAAUGCACAGGUGCCAAAAGUGGUAAAAGAAGUUGCCAUUUCGUUGGUCAAACGUUUCAUUUUGCAGUAGUUGCAGUACUAGAUGGGUUGAAUUCUGAGUCUUUUUAGAUAUCUAGUUUGAGAAUGUAUGAACUCUCCUAUAUUAAAAAAUAAUAGCUUCUGUAAUGAACCGUACUAUUGUUUAAAUAUUGAGAUCGGAGGCAAUUUUCUCAUAA